AGAUGACAACACAGAGGACUUGUUGAAGAUCAUGAGUGAUUGAGAUCGUGGUGGGUCACUCAGGGGAAAGUAAAUCAGCAUGAAAUAUUCUAGAAGGACCGCCACUAGUACGACAAGAAGAAGAAGAAGAAAAAGAUGAAUUUGAGUGCUGGCGGACACGAUGCAGCGUGGAUGAGUGCCAGCGUGCCGUUGCGUGGAAGUGCAAGUACCGCACCGGCGUCUCCUGUUGCAGAACAGCACCACAGCGCUUCAGCUCAAGUUGAAGCUGCGACGACAGCAGGACAAAUUGAAGCUGUGACGACAGCAGGACAAAGGGAAGCUGCGGCUGCAGAUCGAGUCGUGACGAAUAAUGUUGGUCGACGCGGCAAUGGUCGUCGAGAAAUGAGCGUAGAAGUCGGCCACGACGGCGCACGCGAAGCUCGCGAUCGCGAAGAUGUGCUGCCCCAACAAGGCCAUGUUGAUCAUGAGCACAGAAUACUGCGAAUGAUCUGUCGUCUGGGAUUGACGGCGCUGUUCCUGCACUCAGUGCUCUUCCGAAUAGUGCUGCUUGCCACCGGACAUCAACUGUUCCUCGUCUCAGACGUUUUAUCAGGGUCCCUCCUCUGCGUCGCAGGCGUGUUCUUUAUGAAGGAGGACAAACUCUUACGCUAUCCGUAUCGUCUACUCAAGCGAUGCCUGCUAUUCCGCUGUUGCCCAAGUGGAGCUCUUGAUUACGCUCUUGAUUAAUAGAAAGAUGAUGAUACGAAUCUACUCGGCAAUCUGCCUAAGAUUUCUUGAUUAACAAAUAAAAAUAUGUAUUUCAUCUCCAAGCCCAAGGGGACUUCUUAUGGUUAUGGAUUCAAGUUUCCAUAGAUAUGCAUAUCUACAGCUGUCGUGUUGUACGUCGAACGCGGCUUUGAUGUUCUCAUCCUGGGAUCUGAAAAGAUAACAGGUAGUUGUGAUUAUACGACGGAUACUUGUGGCAAGAAGUACUUAGUUACUUGUUUUGAGCUCGUCCUCGUCUUCUAACUUGUGGGUGGCUUGUUUUUUUGCUUGUUCUGUUUCCUGUCAGGCAUGGGAGACGUGUUCGAACUCGGACAACGGCCAUUACCUGCUCUCGCGCGGACUUACGAAACGCGUAUGCUCUUGUUGGAUUGGAUCUCGGCAGACGAGGAACAACGGCUAAAAAAAAGGCUUGAUGGUAGUACUACUAGUACUAUGAUUUUUGCUGGCCGAAAAGAGAAAGACAAGUCAGCUCCAGCAGAGGACGUCGCAGAGAUGAAGAUUCAUUCAUCUGAUCCGAGCAGUCAGAGGCCCGUAAAAGUUGUUGCACCUUCAACAUCACAGAUGAGGAUGAGGAAGGGUGAAGUCGAGUCCCAAGAUGAGCAGGAAGAUGAUGUUGAUGCAGAGGAAGCUGAUACUAACCAGGGGGGCCAGGUUCACGAUGACGUAUCAGAGAUGAACAAACAAGUUGUGGUCAGGAGUCCUGUCUCCCGAAACCGUGCUAGCUUAGAAGAGACAAAUAAAGCUUUGCAAGUUCUCGCAUCUUUGCUACGCAACGGUCGUGUCGAUGAAGACACAGCUGCAAAUGAAGAAAAGGAUGUAGCAGCUGCGCCACCUGCAUUUGGAGGUCGUCCGAGAAGAACGCCUGCAUUAGACCCGCUUAGCGAGGAUCACGGCUACAAUAUCAAGAACUUCUUGAAUCCUCGACGCCGACUUUUUUCCGCGGAUAUAGUGGCCCCGGGUAUGCACGAUCUCAACGAGGCGGAAAGCGGGACGAUUGGUCACACGCCUAGUAGAGAGAUGUCUUCUUCCGCCAGGAGUCCGAGUCCUAGUGCAGCUGCUUCCAGUUCGACAAUUAGUCCCAGCACACCCGCAUCGAAGCAACGAUUAGUCCAGCUUCUUGCUCGUAUGCAGCCAGGAGAGAGGCGGGUUUUGCUGCGGCUUGCGGAGCGGAUCGAGCUUCAAGCAAAACUUCUGGUAGUAGUUUUGGCGAUCGAAAUUUUUUUGAAAGUAGUGCUAUGCAUUUCAAGCUGGAAGCUGACAAAAGCGGAAGCAGUCGGACGAAGGGAUUUGUUCACCAGAAACCUAAGCCUAGGAGCAGGAGGUGCUCCUCAGGGAUCGCAUGUAUGGCGGUGACUAUAGAGAGAAUUUUUUCUUUUUGUGGCCUCGAAUGAAGAUAGUUCUGCUUUUCAAGAGUUAAUUAAUUUCGUUUAUUAAGUUUAAGUUGUUUCGUAAAAACUUGUAAUGCCACAAGCGGCGCAUGUGCACUUCGCUAAUAAAUACAGAAGUCGUUUUAUCGCAACCUCCAACAACAAGGUGGACGUGAAAAGUCAAAGUCCUUCGUCGUGAGUCAUUUGUUUCUCAAGAAGUCGCCAGGGAAGUCUGAGGCAGAUUGCCGAAUAGAUUCACACCAUCGGCAAGCUAGAACGGGAUAAGCUCUUUUUUAUACCUCUUUCAUUUCGCUUUCCUCGUUCGUCAAGCGGAACACAGGGUAGUGCGCAGAACGGAUUGCCGCCAGUGCCUCGCAACGCUCCGAGCAUCAGACCCUUUCGCCCCUUUGAGGGUACCGGUUUCCGAUUGUCAGAUACCGAAGGCGAUGUAGCAGACGUCGAAAGUGAAGUUGCACUGGUAAACGUGCGAGGAGCAGAAGAAGACAACAAGACGAGGAAAGACGUUCUUUCGGAUCGUGUGCCUACAGGAGUGGGCGAGGAUAGCAAUAUCGAAUUGACGAAGGCACCACUAGCAGUCCAUGACGGAGCAGCGGUUGUUGUCAGAGAGCAAGUGUGAGCUAGUUUCCGGUGAAACUCUCGAAGAAAACUCUAAGUGUGGAUUUGUCUCCUGCAGGCAUGGUUUGUGUACCUGCAUUUCAGUACAGUGGCCCACUGUCCUUGAUGAUGGGACAAGGAAAGGGAUGAAUCGACUUGUUGUUCGACAGGAAUGAAAAAAUCAAAAUGAAAAUGCACACACGACCCUUCUAGUGUGGCCCACUCAGCAUGCUGCUUCACUCAAAAUUCAAAUCUUGCAUAAUCUUGUUCCUCCAGCAGU